CUCCUCGUGAUGACAGCAAAUGACAGCAGUGUUCGCUUCUGCAGAACCCAGUGUGUGAGACGGCUAACCGCCAACAAACAAUUCCUUUGACUCGAGAAAUCUUUGGAUCAGCUGUGUUUAGAGAAACUGUGGACAACCAGGACACGCUAAUUACGUUGGUCAUUUACCUCUCUGCCUGUGUGAGCUGGUUAAGAUGGUGAAGCCAGACAUCCACACUCUGGCCCACCACCUGAAGCAGGAGCGGCUGUAUGUGGCGUCGGAGAAGCAGCUGAUCCAGAGGCUCAACAGUGAUGUGCUGAAGACAGCUGAGAGGCUGUACCGGGCUGCAUGGAUCGCCAAGCAGCAGAGGAUCAACCUCGAUCGUCUCAUUCUCACCAGUGCGGAGGCCUCUCCAGCUGAAUGCUGCCAACAUGCCAAAAUGCUGGAGGACACACAGUUUAUUGAUGGCUACAAGACUUUGGGCUUCCAGGAGACAAUCUAUGGCGAGUUUUUGGCCCGGUUGAGGGAGAACCCCAGACUGGUAGCUUCCUGCCUGGUGGCAGGAGAGAGGCUGAACCAGGAGCACACCCAGGGGGUCAUCCAUACAGUCUUCACCUCACUUUAUGGCAACUGUAUCAUGCAGGAGGAUGAGAGCUAUUUGCUACAGGUGUUGCGGUACCUGGUAGAGUUUGAGCUGAAGGAGAGUGACAACCCUCGCCGUCUGCUGCGACGGGGAACCUGUGCCUUCAGCAUCCUUUUCAAGCUCUUCUCUGAGGGCCUGUACUCAGCCAAGCUUUUCCUCACUGCCACCCUCCAUGAACCCAUUAUGCAGCUGCUGGUGGAAGAUGAAGACCACCUGGAGACGGACCCAGCCAAGGUUACAGAGCGCCUCACUCCAGCCCAGCAGGAACGCUUUGGAGAGAAGGGCUCUGAGGGCUACAAACAAAGGGUGCAGGCAGCUGUGGAGGCCAAUGAAGCCAAGCUGGUAGCUCUGGUCAACAAAUUUAUCGGAUACUUGAAGCAGAACACCUACUGCUUUCCCCACAGCCUACGCUGGAUUGUGUCCCAGAUGUACAAGACGCUGUCAUGUGUGGAACGUCUUGAGGUAGGUGAGGUGCGCACCAUGUGCACAGACCUGCUGCUGACCUGCUUCAUCUGUCCCGCUAUAGUCAACCCGGAGCAGUAUGGUAUCAUCUCUGACGCUCCCAUCAAUGAAGUGGCCCGCUUCAAUCUAAUGCAGGUGGGGCAGCUUUUGCAGCAGUUGGCCAUGGCUGACGAUGAUGCAGACCCAAGGCGGAAAAGCAGUUUGUCUAAAUUUGAUAAGAGUUGUGUUGCUGCCUUUCUGGACGUGGUGAUUGGAGGAAGGGCAGUCGAGACCCCACCCAUGUCCUCGAUGAACCUUCUGGAGGGCCUCAGCAGAACUGCGGUCUAUAUUACGCAUAAUCAGCUGCUAGCACUGGUGGACUUUGUGCGGAGUGUGACUGCAGGGGACCACCUCCGGGAGGAAGAGCACAUGGCUCUGGAGAACCUUUUGGCCAACGUGCCCCAGUCGCGAACUGUGAAGAGCAACAGUCUGGAGCUCACUCCCUCCAACACCCCCCAGCUCUCUCCGGCUACCACUCCUGCCAACAAGAAGAACAGGCUCCCCAUAGGACAACACUUAGCUGCUAUUACAUCCUGGGACCCCACAACCACCACUCUGUCUGCUCACAUUCCAUUAGUAACCCCUUUUGCAGCUGCUCGUAGCCGCAGCCGUACCAACAUAGCCCAGGAGGGGGAGGCAGAGGCCAGCUCCCAAGAGUCCCUACAGGAGCUGAUGCCAGAGGAGGUGCUGGUGAUUUCACUAGGAACUGGUCCUCAGACUGUCCCUGGGAUGAUGUCAGAGAAUGAGGUUUUGAACCUGCAGAUGGCUGAUGGGGCCCAGGGGGAUGGACAUGCUGAUGAUACCAAGCUGCAUGGUAAACCAGACAAAACCCUGCGCUUUUCCCUCUGCAGUGACAACCUGGAAGGCAUCUCAGAGGGUCCAUCCAAUCGUUCCAACUCCGUGUCGUCUCUGGACCUGGAGGGAGAGUCUGUUUCUGAGCUUGGAGCUGGACCAUCAGGGAGCAACGGGGUGGAGGCUCUACAACUUUUGGAGCAUGAACAAGCCACCACUCAGGACAACCUGGAUGACAAACUCCGCAAGUUUGAGAUCAGAGACAUGAUGGGUCUGACCGAUGAUCGGGACAUCUCUGAGACAGUCAGUGAAACCUGGAGCACCGAUGUGCUCGGCAGUGACUUUGACCCCAACAUGGAUGAAGAUCGGCUGCAGGAAAUAGCAGGGGCAGCUGCGGAGAACAUGCUCGGCAGCCUGCUGUGUCUUCCUGGCUCAGGUUCAGUGCUGCUGGACCCCUAUGGCUCCACCAUCUCUGAGACCACGAGCGAGGCCUGGAGCGUGGAGGUUCUGCCCAGUGACUCAGAGGCCCCAGACCUGAAGCAGGAGGAACGUCUGCAGGAGCUGGAGAGCUGCUCAGGGGUCGGCAGCACCUCAGAUGACACAGAGGUCAGAGAGGUCAGCUCGAGACCAAGCACACCAGGCCUCAGUGUUGUCUCAGGUAUCAGUGCAACCUCAGAAGACAUCCCCAACAAGAUCGAGGACCUGCGGUCAGAGUGCAGCUCAGACUUUGGAGGGAAGGACUCUGUGACCAGUCCAGAUGGGGAGGAGUCAGGCCACGGAGCACACCAUCUGACAUCUCCACCCUCCCAGGCCGAUUCCUUACUGGCCAUGUUCGAUCCCCUCUCCUCUGGUGAAGGCUCCUCCACUGGUACAAUAGUGAGGCCCAAAGUGCACUAUGCCCGGCCCCCUCACCCUCCACCCGACCCUCCUAUCCCAGAAGCCAGUGCCCUGGGGCAAGAGAUGCGCCACUCUCUCUUCACACCUCACUGCCUGGCCCAGGCUGAGCUGGAGCACACCAAGCAGCGCCACUCCUUCCCUGACAGGCUGGUCCGCAGCCGCAGCUCUGACAUCGUGUGCCCAGGCCGCAGGCCCACAAGUGACCCUGGCCUUAACCGGCGGGUAGCAGUUGAAGAGCGCGACCCUGCUGGGGCCUUCGCCUUAGGACCCUCCUCAUCCCCCAGCAAGGACUCUCUGAAAGGAGAGGCUGAGGACAGGAAAGACAGUGAUGACGAGAAGUCUGAUCGCAACAGACCAUGGUGGAAGAAACGUUUUGUUUCAGCCAUUCCCAAAGCUCCAAUCGCAGCAUUUAGGAAAAGGGACAAACAGGAGAAAGAUGACAUUUCCCAGGAGCGUAUCCCACAAGAAGACCCAUUGCCCAGACACAGCAGUCAAGCGCAGGCAGCUGAAGACAUCCUGGACAAGUAUAGGAACAUCAAGAGGCCCAGCCCGAGUGAUGGAGCUGCAGCUGGAGCUUCCUAUGAUGGUACAGGAGAUCUCUGUGUUGAAGACAGCGUGCAUGACUCUCCAAGAGAAGAUACUCUGCAGAACAUUUCCACAGAUGACCUCCCAGACUCAGCCAGCCAGACGGCACAGCAGCAUGACUCCAAGUUCUCUUUCAGUGAUGCAAAGAAGAAGUUGAGGUUGGCAUUGUGUUCUGCAGACUCAGUGGCUCUGCCCAUCAUGGCCCCUGCAACCACACGAAAUGGGCUGCCUGACCACAUGGAUCCUGAAGACAAUGAGAUCGUCUGCUUCCUCAAGGUCCAGCUCGCAGAGGCCAUCAACCUCCAGGAUAAGAACCAGAUGGCCCAGAUCCAGGAGACCACGCGCUGUGUCAGCCGCUUCGACGCACGCACCUGCAGGAAGCUGCUGGCUGCCAUUGCGGAGGAUUACAGAAAGCGAGCACCAUACAUAGCUUAUCUAACCAGGUGUCGUCAGGGCCUGCAGACCUCUCAGGCCCAUCUGGAGAGGCUCCUCCAGAGGGUGCUGAGAGACAAGGAGGUGGCGAACCGCUACUUCACCACUGUCUGUGUGAGGCUCCUUCUUGAGCACAUGGAAUCCAAGAUGCUUGACUUUAUCAAGGCUUUCCAGGGGUGCACAGCGGCGGAUGACAAGACGGCAGCAGUGGAGGAUUUUCUGCGCUACUUGUACGGUGCCAUGGCCCGUGAUGCCAUUUGGCAGUAUGCAAGUGAGGACCAGCUGCAGGAUGCCCAGAUGGCUAUCGAGCGCAGCGUUAUGAACCGCAUCUUUAAGCUGGCCUUCUAUCCCAACCAGGAUGGAGAUAUUCUCAGAGACCAACUUUUCCAUGAACACAUCCAGCGGCUCUCAAAAGUUGUGACGGCCACUCAUAAAGCUCUUCAAAUCCCAGAGGUUUACUUGAAGGAGGCUCCCUGGCCCUCUGCACAGUCUGAGAUCAGGACCAUCAAUGCGUACAAGACGCCACGAGACAAAGUCCAGUGUAUACUGCGCAUGUGUUCCACCAUCAUGAACCUCCUCAGUCUGGCCAAUGAAGACUCCGUCCCUGGAGCAGAUGACUUUGUCCCUGUACUUGUCUUUGUCCUCAUAAGGGCAAACCCGCCCUGCCUGCUGUCCACCGUUCAGUACAUCAAUAAUUUCUACGCCAGCCGGCUGAGUGGGGAGGAGUGCUAUUGGUGGAUGCAGUUCACCGCGGCGGUGGAAUUCAUUAAGACCAUCGACGAUCGCAAGUGAAGCAGAACAGCCACCUGUAUGGGCAGACUGCGGGGGAAGGAGCCGGGAGACUGGGAGACUUCCCAACCAACUGCUCCCUCUGCACAGCUUAUAAAACCUGGCCCACAGCCUGCUCUUUAUUUGUAUAGCUUGUACAUAGCCAGAGACGUUGAAAGAUUACAAAAUAUAUAUUACUGUAUGUAUGUGGACAAAUCCAGGUUUUAGCCGUGGUGAAAAAAAGAAAAAAAAAAAAAACGGCCUUGGGGAAAAAUUGGCAAGAUGUUAACUUUGAACCUGAUUUGGAUUUUUCCUUUUAUCUUUGUCUCUUCAGUAAUGUUUCACUUUUGGGGUCUGUAUUAGGAAUUUUAUAUACACACAGUUACCAAUAUGACAUUAAAUCAACGUAAAAGAUAAUCCUAUAUAAAGGGACCAGACUUGCUUGAUGUGAUCACUGAUCUUUUUUUUUCCCCCGAGUGAGAGGGAAGGGCUUCCAAUUAAAUUACAGUAUAAUGUUCAUUAAAUGCAUUGUAACGUUGGGAUUUACAGUGCAUGAUAGUUACUGAUGGGAUUUAGUGACUCAUAAACACUGAAAUCACUUCACAAUAACCAUACUACUCAUCAAGGUUAGUGUAUCAAACAGUAGGGCAGCUUAUUUCAGGAAUUGUUUACUUCAUCUUAUUCCCAAAAACACGUGUGUCAGUGACAAUUUGGACAUAAGGGCCCACAUAUUUAUAUGAAAUAAAAUGUAUUUAUUUCUGUAAUUCUAUUUAAUGCUUUUGUUUAUCUAAUUUUAAAAAAAAUGAAAAUGCAUAUCAUGCCCAUUCGAGAUGUCUGAGGCAAGUGGUGUUAUUAUAAUAAACUUGCAAGAAAAGCUUGAGUUAGGAAGGCACCUUAGCAAUGAGUAGCCCUAAAGUGGGGAUGCUGGACGGUGAUGAUACAGGGUCAGUUCGUGCACAGAGAAGUGGUGGCAUUUAUGGAUAUAUUGAAAAUAGUGCCUUUGGUGUGGGGCGCUCUGUACAGGUAGUUAUUUUUGAGUUUUUCUUUUUUUUUUUUCUUUUUUUUUUAUCCAGCAUAGACAUUAAUACCCCCGCCCACACACACACAAACACACUCCAAUGGGCCAACCACGUCCCACUGAGACACCUUUGUCCAGCCCUCGCCGCAGGAACAUGAGCAUCACCACAUCACUGAUUGUCAUGGCUCUGUCCCUUUAAUGCACUUGAGUUUGAACAACAGUCCCCUCUGGUUUUCUCGAUCCUACCUCAGAGUUGAAACCAAUGAGCCUGAUAUUGGUCUGUAUACAGUUAACUGUCCUGCAUUGGUUUACACCAGAGUACUGGAUCAUUUUUGCACUGGUCAAAAAAAAAAAAAUAGUAAAACGGUGACGGGGAAGGGAGGAAAAGUUGGAAAUUGACCUGCUGUGAUGCUUAUUGUCGUCACAUCACCCUUAAUUAACACAAGCCUUCUUUAAUGAACAAAGACAUUUUAGUUUCUAAUCUUAUACCUGAGAUGCCACAUGUUUCCGCAUGGGCUGACUAGUGAACUAUUGGAUAUUAGCUCUACCUCCUCAUAAGUUCAAGAAAGGGACUCGUGUUUAUGUGCACUUAUAUUUCUUUCUUUUUUUUCUUCCAAUUUGGCGUGCUGUGAUAUCCCAGUGUCAUUGUAUCUUUCCGAUAAUAGUACAAGCAUGUCUUUAAUUAUCCAGAAAUAACUAAAACUCCUUUUCUCUUGAAAUCCUCUGCUUCAUUUUUGCGCACAGAAGUGCCACAUGUAUUAUAGUUUUCGAUAAUCCAUUUCUUUUCAUGGUAAAUGACCUGACAGCACAAUACACAGUAGGAUAGAAGAGCAAAUAAUCAACACUAUUGACUUGUUACUGACUUGCAGUUUAUGCUAAAGUGGUUGGUGUAGUACAUGAGUGUGGUUUUUGUCUAGUGAGUGUGUGUGAGACGACUGCGUGAUUGGUUGACCCUCUGCCUCCUCUUGCAUGAAGUCAUUGAAUGGUCUGUACAUUCUCAAUCAUGAUAAACAGUAGAAUAGGAUUAGUAUCUGCCACAGGCCAGUAAUUGAACCUGCAAGAGGAUGCAAAGCCUCUCUUUGUGUCCGUGAUACUUGCAUAUCAGAACUCGAUUUAUUUUGCACAAAACAGACGUCUUUUCCUGGAAAGAUUUGACAGGGAGCAGUGCAUUUUGAAAUGUCUUUACUUUUGGCAUUUGCAGUCAUAACAUAAACAUAUUGUGAUUAAAAUGAUAUUUGAGUAGCGAAGUUAAGCACCUGACUGUUACUCUCUCGAGCUGAUGAACAUCCAUGUUUAUGAGCAACAUCACAAAUGCAUUUUUAUAUCCACCUACAGUAGCACGUGCACUAGAUUCGUAUGUGCAGUGCACUUCCUUGCAGGGUCUGUGUAAUCAAUUUGAUGAGAAAACCAUGCACUGGAAAAUCAAGUUGCAGGUUGCAUCUAUACUAAUUAGGUUUAUGUGAUGUCACUUUAAUUGGAAAUACAUACUGCACAAAUCUGAUGAAAUUAUUUGGACCUGGCUUAUGUUUCAGUGUUUCCUCAGAUAGCCGGUCACAGCAGCUACGAAUGACCCCAGUGGAGGACUGAUCAAAGCAGCAAGUUAUUUACAGACAAACGCAUAUGGCUGUAAUAGCAUCUGUACGUUUUUAUCCCUGAUCGUAUGCAAACCACCGGGCACUGGUGUCAAGUACAGAGACUAAAGAGUUGGUCCGUUCUUCGAAGCUUUACUGCUCUGCUCCCUGUACAAUUGAGUUGAAAGGCUGAGCAGAGGAAAAAAAAAAACAGAAGUUUUACAUCUUACAUCUAAUUUUACAUUUAAUUGUAAGCUUGCACAAUUAUGACAUGCGGGGAAAGCCGGUUUGUCUUUACUGUGAUUAAUGCAUUAUGUAAUUCUUUAAAAACAAUAAAAGAAGCAGAAGUUUU